CAGCGUUUCAAAGAAGCAGAAAAGAUCAGAGAAAAAGAUCGUACAUUAAAGAGCUGGACACUGCGCCCUGAGCUCUUCUCUCAAGACUUAUUUUCUAAGGUGUUUUCUCCCUGAGGCAAAUAAAAAUGGCGCUGGCAGAUAUCCCAUUUUAUGGCCCUAUCUCCGUAUCUGAGAGUCUCGUUGCCAUUAUAACAAUAUGCACAGUGUAUCUGUUCAUGUGGGUCACUCGUACCAAAAUCCCUGAAGGUCUUCGGGUGCUUCCAGGUCCAAAACCCUUCCCUCUGAUUGGAAACGUGCUGGAAUUGGGAAGCAACCCUCACUUGAGUUUGACGACAAUGAGCAAGACCUACGGCCCGGUUUUCCAGGUCCAGAUCGGCACACGUCCCGUGGCAGUGCUGAGCAAUAGCGAGGUCGUACGCCAGGCUCUGAUCAAGCAAGGUGAAGAGUUCGCCGGACGCCCUGACCUCUACAGCUUCCGCUUCAUCAGUGAAGGCAAGAGCCUGGCGUUCAGCACAGACCAGGCUGGUGUUUGGCGCACACGACGCAAGCUCGCCCAGAACGCUUUGCGCUCGUUUGCUAUGAUCGAGGGUGAGAGUUCUGAGUACUCCUGCGCCCUGGAGGAACACAUCAGCAAAGAGGGCCUGUACCUGAUUGAGAGACUGCAUGGUGUUAUGAAGGCCAGCGGCGGAUUCGACCCGUUCCGUCACAUUGUGGUGUCUGUUACGAACGUGAUCUGUGGCAUGUGCUUUGGCCGCCGCUACAGUCACGAUGACCGGGAGUUGUUAAACCUGGUGAACUUAAGUGAAGAGUUCAACCAAGUGGUGGGCAGCGGAAACCCGGCUGACUUCAUUCCCUUCCUGCGCCUCCUGCCCAGCACGACCAUGAAGAAAUACCUGGCCAUUAACCAGCGCUUUAACAUGUUCAUGCAGAGGCUGGUCAAAGAACAUUACGAGACAUACAAUAAGGACAACAUUCGUGAUAUCACAGACUCUCUCAUCGAUCACUGUGAGGACAGGAAGCUGGACGAGAACUCAAACGUCCAGGUGUCUGAUGAGAAGAUAGUGGGAAUUGUGAACGAUCUCUUCGGAGCUGGUUUCGACACAAUCAGCACGGCUUUGUCCUGGUCGGUUUUGUACCUAGUGGCUUAUCCUGAGAUUCAAGAGAGACUGCAUGAAGAGCUGAAGGAGAAGGUUGGACUGGACCGCGUACCGCAACUGACGGACAAAACCAACCUGAUUUACCUCGAGGCUUUCAUCCUGGAGAUCUUCCGUCAUACCUCCUUUCUUCCUUUCACCAUUCCGCACUGUACCACGAAAAACACAUCACUCAAUGGAUAUUUCAUUCCUAAAGACACAUGUGUCUUCAUUAACCAGUGGCAAAUCAACCAUGACCCCAAAACAUGGAAGGAGCCCUCCGUUUUCAACCCCGAUCGUUUCCUGAGUGCCGAUGGCGCCGAGCUUAACAAGAUGGAAGGCGAGAAGGUCAUGAUCUUCGGUCUGGGCAAACGCCGCUGUGUGGGUGAACUCAUCGCCCGGUCGGAGGUCUUCCUCUUCCUCGCCAUCCUCAUCCAGAGGUUAAAGUUCAGCGGCAUGCCAGGGCAGACAGUAGACAUGACCCCGGAGUAUGGCCUCACCAUGAAGCACAAGCGCUGCCUUUUGCGCACCACGCCGCGGCCUGGGUUCGAAUCUUCCUGCAAGGUGUGAGAGCCUGAGGCGGCUGUAAAUCCGUCUGUUAAAUUCGGGGAUUGUAAUGAAAAUCCCUCAUAUUUCUGUAUCAUGCUGUGUUCAGUAUAGAAAGGGGAUCGCUUUAGUGUAGUCAUAGUCCUCACGGUGCUAUGGCAGACACUUACCAGUCUUAAAUGCAGAUCUACAUGUUUUUAGAAUGUAGGCACUUAGCUGCCAGAAGAGCAAGACUGUUAAUCUUGUGAAAUUCACAUACGCUGUGUUCAUAUCUGCUUUAGUUUGUGCUGUCUCAGAGUUGGGUUGUGGCUCAUUCCUGGUUGUAUCUCAGGUACUUUGCUGCAGUGGUUAUAAAAACAUGAAUCUAAUUCUGUGGAAUUCUUUUCAGCGGAUGGAAUGUCUUUAUAGUAAGCUAGAGUAGUUUACAAAACAUGCAUGACUUUUUUUUUUAUCCACGAACAAUUGCAUCAUCCUGCUUGAUGUUUAACACUGAAGUAAUUUUUUUUUUUUAAGGAUAUUUAAGCUUCAUCCCAAAAUGUGAUCUGUACAUUCUUCUGCUGUAUUACUGAUAAGAUUCCAAUGUGCCUCAACUUCUGGCUGUACAUAAAGCUGAAGUUUUGCAUUGAGGUUACUUACCGAGGCCCACAGAGAUAUAGAUUUUAUUAUAGGUAGAACUGACAGGCCACUGUUUUUUUUUCUAAUGUUUUUUUGUGCAUUUGCAUGAGUGAUAAAAAAAGUGUUGUGUGUGCGUGUGUGUGUGUGUGUGUGUGUGUGUGUGCAUUGAAAAUAAUGAAGGAAGUGAAUUUAUAUAUAUAUAGGUGUACCUUUAAGGAGAAUUAAAAGUGAUUUAUGCCUUUAUGAAUUAAUGAAUUAUGCCUUUUUGUACACUGCUGUUGCAAUGUUUCAGCACAUUUGUAUUCAUUGCUAAAAUAAUAAUAAAUAAAGAAUAAUAAUAACCAGGU